AUGAAUUUUCAAACUUUAUUAUUCACAUUAUUUUUAUGUUUAGUUCAAUUUGUUUCAGCUUAUCCAAUUACUAAAAGAUUUAUUAUAAGUCCAUCAUCACCGGUCUUUUCAUUAAUUGCAAUUCAUAAAGGUGAAGAAUUUCAAGCUAAUUUAGUUAAAUUCAAUGGUACUUCAAUUAAAUUAAACACAAAAGAUAAAGCAUUAUUCGGUCAAAUUGAAGCUUCAAAUGGUUACGUCUUAAACUUACCAAGCUUAAACUCAACUAAUGCUACCAAUACAACUAUUGAUGUUUUAGUUAACAGCCAAAAUCAAUUAGUUUCAACUACUAGAAAUGGUUCAGCUUCAGAACAUUUUGGUAUUAAUAAUACCUUCUUAACUUUCAACAACUCAACUCAAUUCAGAGCUUGUCCAGAAACUCCAUUAAAUGCAACUACCAACUCAAGCUCAAUUGAGUAUGACUUAUUCUUUGAUCCAAGAAACAACACUAGAUGUGAAUUCGGUACUGGUUAUGAUGUUAAAUUAUUAGUUCAAGUUAGUUUACCAAUUACUUUCAAUGAACAAACCAACAGUGCUGAUAUCUUCUCAAACUUGAAAAGAGAUGCAAUUGAACAAGAAGAAGGUUUAUUCAAAAGAUUAUACUCAAAAAUUUUCAACUAA